AUGGCGAACUUUGAAACUUUACCACCGCAGCCGGACUGGCGAGAACAGUACUCUUCGUACCAAAUCUCCGGAGAGAAUGGCGUGGUCAACCAAACUUACGAGCACUCUGCGAGCUCAAACGCCACCAACGGUCAACAGCAAGCCAUCGCCAGACCGACGCUAGAGCACCGACACACACUUGGUCCACUAAGACCAGAAGGUCCGCCAACCCCUAUCAUAGAACGGCCAGACUCAGCACCUGGGGAUUGUGGUCAACCUGCCGCCAAUAGAGCUCGAAAUGGAUCUAUGGUUUCUACAGAAUCGGCGCCACUUUCAAUCGUAUCGAUAGCAACAAAUCCACUAUCUGCAUCGAGUGCGGCACAACAACAACAGCAAGGAGUAGGAGCACUUGUGAAUGAAGACGCAGGAGCUCUUUUGAGUCCCAAGGAAGAAGAUGAUGACGAUGUUGAUGACGACGAUGAUAUGUUAGAUACUGAAGAUGGAAGUUCUUCUACGCCACAGACCGCCGCAGAGCGAAGAGCGGAACGUAGGAAAAUGAAAAGAUUUCGUCUUACCCACCAGCAGACCCGAUUCCUUAUGAGCGAAUUUGCGAAGCAAGCGCACCCAGAUGCUGCUCAUCGUGAGCGAUUGUCACGAGAAAUUCCAGGCCUCAGUCCCAGACAAGUCCAGGUAUGGUUUCAGAACCGACGCGCAAAGAUUAAGAGGCUCACUGCGGACGAUCGGGAACGAAUGAUGAAGAUGAGAGCAGUUCCGGACGAUUUCGACAAUGUGCAAGCUCUCCAUUCUCCCUACGGAGCUGUACACGGCAUUGGAACACCAAUGCAGUCGCCUGUCGAUUAUGUGCCAAAUUACCCGGAUCAUAUGAUACGACCUUUAAUGGUAGACACGAUGCGCAGACAUGAACAUGAUGAGCAUAUGUCGCCUGCGGGCAUGAGCCCUGCAUAUGGACACGUCGGAUUUACUCCAGGGAGCUCAAUUGGCACACCCGAUGUUCUCUCACCAUUAUCAAUUACGUCCUCUGAUCGAUAUUUCUCCAGUCAUCUGUCGAGUCCAAUGAGCUCAGGGCCAAGGAGCUCAAACCCGUUUGAUCGACAACCAGGUGGUUAUCAAGCAGUUUCGCAUUCCCAGCCAAGGCACCACAGCGGUCGACCAUUACAACCAUUGCAGCUUCGAGAGACAAUGUCAAGGUCUCGAUCCGAAUCACUUCAGUCGCCAUUGAGAUCAAGCAUGUCUUGGAAAGGCGAGACUCUAGAUUAUGCCAAUUACCAGACGGGACAACCAAGUCCGCAAUCGACUGGACGGCAACAAUCUCUGUACCAGCCCGAGCAGAAUAAUGCGGUCAAUGCGCACCAAUUUGAGUCCAACUCUUACCCAAGUUCUAACAUUCAGCAUUCACCGCAACACAUGAACUACUCACCGUCGCAUCCCCCCUCUUCGCUGCAACAGUCCGCACCAGCUGCUAUGUCACGCCUGCGAGCAUCUACCGGUGGUGCUUUCCCCCAAGGUCUUGAUCUCCGCAACCAAUACCGAUCUCUCCCCCAACAAGGCGCAUCACAUUUGCCUCCCACUUCCCGCCCCUUUGCCUCCCCAUAUUCAACAGGCUUUGCCAGCGCACCUCUAACAGCGCCAAUGGAGUUUUCACUUCCUCGAACUCCAAGCGACGCAAACCAUCCACAACUAAGUGCGCCAAUGGCUCCUCCGCAAGAUUUCUCAAACGCCUACAACACAUCAAGAGCUCCUCAAAGCGAGCGAGAGUUCAGCUCGCAAGGUCAAGAGCAGCAGCAUGCUCAGAGCCAUGCACAAUCAGGAGAUAACCAACCGCAAAGAAACAACAGCGAUGGCUCAUCGUAUCUUCGACCCCAUGAAUUCGAAGGGAAAGACAACCGAAAAAGAAGUUUCACCAUGCCGGGAACUUAUGCACCUUCUCAUAUGUCUUCCUAA